AUGUCCACAAAAUUAACCAAGUUGGACCAUUUUACAGAUCCACCCACCAGUGCAAAAACUAUGUCUCUUUUCUUCAAGCUCUUUCUCUUACACAUAACCAUGGCCGCAGCAGCCCAACUCCGGCCAGAUUUUUACUCGCAAACAUGCCCAAAUGCCGAAUUCAUCGUCCGAGAUGUCAUGGUCAAAGCCUUGAUUAGAGAACCCCGGAGCGUCGCCUCCGUCAUGCGCCUUCAGUUCCAUGAUUGCCUUGUUAAUGGUUGUGAUGCUUCUGUGUUGCUGGAUGAUACACCAACUAUUCCUGGAGAAAAACAAGCCCUUUCUAAUAUAAAUUCAUUAAGAUCCUUCGAAGUCAUCGAUGAAAUCAAGGAGGCUUUAGAGAAGGUUUGUCCUGGACUUGUUUCAUGCGCAGAUAUUACAAUCAUGGCCGCAAGAGAUGCUGUUGCACUGACUGGAGGACCUGAUUGGAAGGUGAGGCUAGGAAGAUUGGACAGCUUAUCUCCCUGGCUAGAAGAAUCAAAUGAAAUCAUGCCAAGCCCAAGAUCUAAUGCAAGUUACCUCAUCGACCUCUUUAAGAAAUUCAAUCUCUCUGUCGAAGACCUUGUAGCUCUUUCUGGGACUCACUCUAUUGGCCAGGCACGUUGUUUUUCCAUCAUGUUUCGACUUUAUAACCAAUCUGGGACUGGCCAACCUGACCCUGCCAUUGAACCAAAGUAUAGAGAAAAGCUAAAAAUGCUCUGUCCCACUAAUGUAGACCAAAAUGUCACAGGAGACCUUGAUGCAACACCCCGUGUGUUUGAUAAUCAAUACUUCAAGGACUUGGUUGCAGGGAGAGGGUUUCUCAAUUCUGAUCAAACACUGUACACAUUCACACAGACUAGAAACUUUGUGAAGUUGUUUAGCAAAGACCAAAGUGAGUUUUUCAAAGCCCUUGUGAAUGGAAUGCUAAAGUUGGGUGACUUGCAAAAUAACCAACCAGGGGAGAUAAGAAGUAAUUGCAGAGUAGUUAAUAACCGAGGCAUCAAGAGUUUGACUUUGGGGGGCCAUCAUGAGUGGAAGAGGUCCUAGUCUGAUUAUUGAAGACAAGAUAUCAUAGAAGAUAUUUUAAGUGGGAGGUUACUUUGUCUUCUUUGUAAUAUUGUGGUCCUGUGGAUGGUUUUGGUUGCAAUGUAUUGGAAACAAUCGAAUAAAAGUGACAGGUUCAAGUUGUU